AUGCUGGCGCGGGAGAAGCAGGGCGGCGCCGCGCUGUCUCCGCGGGCGACGUGGCUGACCACGCUGCUCGCAGUGGCCCUCACAUGUCUGAGCUUCUCGCACGUCGGUUCUGCUGACGAGUUCGACCCGCACCCGGCCGUGCGGUCCGAUGUCCCCUUCAUCAAGUGCGGAGUGUGCGAGAUCGUGGCCGCUGAGCUCGUCAAGGGGACGGCGCGGGUCAAGCGUGAGAAGAAGUUUGCGUUCCGCGUCGAGGACGUGCACGACGUGAUCGAGGAGGUGUGCGACAUCAAGAAGGGCGGCGAGUGGGCCAUGCGCGUGGACCUCUUCGAGGACGGAGACGGCCUCACGGUCAUCCUCCCCGGCGGGAUCUCGCGGUGCGGCCAGGAGUGCUCGACGGCCGUCCGGGCCUGCCGCGACGUGAUCGAGGAGACGGACGUGAUCGAGCUGGCGGAGGAGCUGUACUCGGGGAAGAUCACCGCGGGCGACGCGCGCAAGUCGGUGUGCCGCCGCCUGUCCACAGCGUGCGACGAGGACCCGCCGCCGGUGCCGAAGACGCGCAAGCCCGGACCGCCGUUCAAGCCCAUGACGUCCGAGGAGAUCAAGGUGUGGGAGAUGAUCAAGAAGGUGGACGGCAUGGAAGGCGUCAAGCCCGAGGUGCUGUCGCGCGACGAAAUGGAACGCGAGCACCGACGCGAGCAAGGACUAGACUCGGACGACGAGGACGAGGACGAGGGCGAGGAAGAGGACGCGAGCGGAGCGGCAGGCAGCAGCGGGGAGGACGAGGAGAGUGCGGCGGCGGCCGGGGGCGAGGCAUCUGCCGCGGGAGACAAGUUGGAGCUCGCCAAGGAGACGGCAGUCUUCCUGGGGAAUCUGGCGAAGAACAAGACCGUCGCUUUCUUCGAGCGGGUGUAUCUGGGCCUUACGCUGAUCGUUGAGGACGUGCAGCGGCUGGCGGGGAAGGUGACGGGGUCGGCGAAGGGCGCGGGGCCGCAGGGUGGCGCGGGAGCUGCGGGCAAGGCAAAGGGGAAGAAGAAGGCGACGAAGAAAGGGAAAAAGAAGUCUGCGGGAAAGACGAGCAAGGAGCUCUGA